GUCAAAAAGUUAGGGAAAGCAGCGAUGACGGCGGGAGAGGAGGCCGAACACCUGGCGGAGGUGAAAGCCCUUCAAGCGCUGCAGCAUCCGUGCAUCCUGCGCUACUACGGCUCGACGGAGUUGGACGAAUCGGUGAGCUUGGUCAUGGAGUUUGCCGAUGCUGGCGACUUGCAACAUCUGCUGAAAGCGCAAGCGGACUCCGGGAAUCUCUUCGAGGCUGCGCAGCUCUUCGCCCUUUUCUCACAGCUGGUCAUUGCUGUGGCUCAUGUCCACUCCAAUCGAGUCCUGCAUCGCGACUUGAAGCCUUCCAAUGUGAUGUUGACCAGUGAUGGUUUGCUGAAGCUUGGCGACUUCGGCGUCGCCAAGGUGUUGGCUGGGACCACGGUGAUGGACAAUAUGACCUGCGUGGGCUCUCCAACUUACAUGGCCCCGGAGAUCGUGUCCGGAGAUCCUUACGGUGCGGCCUGCGAUGUUUGGAGUUUGGGGGUCAUCCUCUACGAGAUGGCCAGUUUCCAACGACCUUUCGAAGGACGAAGUUUAGGUGAACUGGUGAUGCGAAUCUCCUCCGGACAGUUCAAAGACCUCAGGGAACAGAUCCAGGAGAAGUCGGGGCACCCGGGGCACCAGGGGCACCGGAAAGAGCGCA